AUCCCAAACUGCAAAGAACUAGCACGCUAAAGAAGAAAACUUCCUACCUGGGUCACUUCUUCAAACCUUGAAAAUUCAUCAAAAAUAUUGGAGGUCUUAACAAGGAAACGGUUUCAACGGGGCAAAAGGGUCUCCUCAAGACCCAAAAUAAAAACAAUAAAUAAAAAACACUUUGAAUUUAAUUCCAAGUAGCUUAGACCAAAGACCAAGUCUUUUUUUCCACCAAAGUUCGCAUUCCACCUUUUCUAUAUUUUUUGUGCUUUCUCAAAUAGGAGUAUUUCCCUCUAAAAGAUACACAGAACCAACUUAGAAGCUUACCAAGAAACUUGCUCUUCUUAACAACCCUUUUAUAUUUUCACGCCUAUUGUUCAAAAAUCUUUGGCAAACCAGACAAAGCAGAAACCAUGGAAGAGGUCUUGAAUUCUAUUAAGCAUGCUUGUGAAUUGGCUCGAAACCUUGAAACAGAACUAACCAACAUGGCCAACCAGCCUAAUAUGCUAUCCUUGUCCAUUGAUGAGGUAGUGAAGACAUUUGGUGAUGCCAAAGAGAGGCUAUUGAUGAUGAUGUCCCAACAAAACCUAACGAUAACAGCUUCUUCUUCUUCUUCUUUUCCUCCAAUGCUGCUUCAUGAGCAUGCUCAGAUAGGUGCAAGUCCAACUUCAAUGCAGGGAUUGCUCGGCUCUGGAAGUUAUGCACAGGCAAUGGUGCAGCAACAACCGUUUGAUGUGAGGACUUUGCUUGAAACUAAGAUUAUAAGUGGUGGUGAUCUUCAGCAGUUAAGGUAUAGGGGCACCCUGCAGAUUGGUGAAAUGGGUGGGAGGGAUCUGGAAGGUUCAGCUGAGAGAUCAAAGGGGUCUGAAGGAGAAAUGCAAGGAAUAGAAGCAUCGCCCUCACGACAACGAAAAAGCAGCAGGAAGAAUGAUCCGGAGAAGAAAACAAUGAUGAUUCCUGCACCACUGGUUGGAAACACAGAGAUGCCACGGGAGGAUGGCUUCACUUGGAGAAAAUAUGGCCAGAAAGAGAUACUUGGCAAAAAAUACCCAAGGGGCUACUUCAGAUGCACACACCAGAAAUUAUAUGGGUGCCCAGCAAAGAAACAAGUACAAAGACUUAAUGACAAUCCAAACAUAUUUGAAGUAACAUACAGAGGAGAACAUACCUGCUACAUGUCCUCUACAGCACCAUCAUCAUUUCCACAAACACAACUACUAAUGGAUAUCUCAAACGACAUGAAUCAAACUACCAUUUCCCCACGGUUGUCUACAUCAUCAACUUCGGUUUCCGCGUGGCUGUCGUCGGCGAACCUCAACCUCCAGGGUGGCGGAGACGGCGGCGGCAGCAGCAGUGGUGGUGGUGCUGGGCCCUCUACUUCAAAAUAUGUUGCUGAUUAUCCGGUAGUGGAUAUGGCUGAUGCUAUGUUCAACUCGGGUAUUAGUAGCGGUCACAGUAUGGAAUCUCUCUUUCCUCCCGCUGAAGAUAAAUGGGAACAAGGUGAGAAGAAAAACUGAGAGGAAUAUAGUAAUUAAUUUUAACUUGAAUUCACUUUCCAAGAAUCUUAUUCUCAUAUUGAUUUAUAGGUAUAUAUACCAUGAUAUUUAUAUGGAAUUUUAUUUUCUCAUGUUGCAUGAGAAUUCAAUUCUCAUAUUGUGACACAACUAAUGGUG